GGUAAUCUGACGUGUACAUAAAUGAUACCUCAAAAACAGCUGUAGGUUAUCCUCCUGACUGAAUCAUAAUAAACAGUUAUAAAAAGAGACGUAAAUAAUAUCGUGAAAAUUUGAUUUUUUCAUUUAAAAAAUGUUGGACUUGUUCACGAUAUUUAGUAAAGGUGGAAUUGUACUCUGGUGUUUCCAGAGUACAUCACAAUUAUUUAAACCGAGUGUUAAUGCACUCAUUAGGAGUGUGAUAUUACAGGAGAGAACAGGUGUUUCAGCAUACGAGCAUGACUCUUUGCGCCUUCAGUACAAACUUGACAAUGAAUUCGAGCUGGUGUUCGUGGUGGCAUACCAGAAGAUUCUGCAGCUCUCGUACGUGGAUAAAUUUCUGAAUGAUAUUCACCUGGAGUUUCGGGAUAAAUUUAAGAAUCAGCUGGAGAAGUCCCAGUGGUUCUUCGAUUAUGGAAAAUUCGUGGGCGAUUACCAGAAUAUUCUCAUGUCUGCUGAGCAAUGGGGAAAACAGCAGGCAAAAAUGCCCAAGCAAAUGCGAACGUUCGAUGAGAGCGCUAAAUCCAAAAAGACUGUUGCCAGUAUGAUAGAGAGAAAGGACGACAAGGAUGACAAAAAAUCCGGAAAGAGUAAGAAAAAAGCAGCUGUUACCCUUGACGAAAAUGGAACGCACGUACAAGAGAAUGGAAACGAUCAAGUGAAUAUUACAAAUGAAGAUGAUAUAGACUCCGGUGAAAAUUCAUUGGAAUUGAAUUUGAAGAAGUUGAGCCAGCGUAUAACCAAGAAAAAAAUUGACAAGCAAAAGAGUCCGAAGACGGAAAAGGCAGGAAAAAAGCCCCGGGUUUGGGAAUUGGGAGGUACAAACAAAGAUCUGGCAAACCUAGAACGUACCCGAGACAAACCAGCAGAAGAGGGCGAGAGGAUUCAAGCGAAUACUGCGCUGAUAGGUCAGAUGAGAGGAGGCAUUCGUGACUUGGAAGUUGAAUCUGACUCCGACGAGGAGGAGAUUGAAGUUGUAACCCAGACAAAGCCUGAAAAAAAAUCCGGUGGUGGGAUGUUCUCAGUCCUGAAGGGUCUCGUCAGCAAUAAACAGCUCACCUCCACCGAUCUCGAUCCUGUCCUUGAGAAAAUGAAGGACCACCUGAUCGCCAAGAACGUUGCAUCAGAUAUUUCUGUGAGUCUUUGCAAUUCCCUGCGAGCCAAACUCGAGGGCAAAGUCCUGGGGACCUUCGAGAGCAUCGCCAGCACUGUGAAGACAACUCUCACUGACUCCCUCGUUCAAAUUCUCUCCCCCAAACGAAGAGUUGAUAUCCUGCGUGAUGCAUACGAGGCCAAAAAGGAGGGGAGGCCUUAUGUCAUGUCUUUUUGUGGCGUCAAUGGCGUGGGAAAGUCCACCAAUCUUGCGAAAAUAUGCUUCUGGCUAAUUGAGAAUAAUUUUCGGGUGCUCAUUGCAGCUUGCGAUACUUUUCGUGCUGGAGCAGUAGAGCAGUUGCGUACCCACACCCGUCACUUGAAUGCACUUCAUCCAGCUGAAAAGCAUGGAAAUUCCACGAUGGUACAAUUAUUCGAGAAGGGCUAUGGAAAGGAUGCAGCUGGAAUAGCUAUGGAGGCGAUUCGCUUCGCCAAGGAAUCGAGAAUAGACAUUGUAUUGAUCGAUACAGCUGGAAGAAUGCAGGACAAUGAACCACUGAUGCGUGCCCUAGCGAAAUUGAUAAAAGUUAAUCAGCCGGAUCUCGUUCUAUUCGUUGGAGAAGCACUCGUAGGUAACGAAGCUGUUGAUCAGCUCGUUAAGUUCAAUCGUGCACUCGAGGACUUCAGCAAUUCCGCCACUCCUCGUACUAUCGAUGGAAUCGUUCUCACUAAAUUUGAUACUAUCGAUGAUAAGGUCGGCGCUGCCAUUUCCAUGACUUACAUCACAGGUCAGCCGAUUGUUUUCGUUGGCACUGGUCAGACUUACACUGAUCUCAAGACCCUCAAUGCCAAGGCUGUUGUCCACGCCCUCAUGAAGUGAAAUAUACGAAUUUAUAUUGCGUACAGAGAUAAAUAAAUUUUGAUGGUAAAAAGGAAGAUUUUACAUUCAAAGAGUAUUUUUCUUGCUGAAGAAUAAAAAUUUUUUGAAUACAAAAUUUUCUCGUCCUACAUCACGAAAUAGUGCAUCAAUAUAUCAUGACGAUUAUUGAAUGCCAUUUGUAUAUUUAUAUAAAAUUAAUAAUGCUGUUACCAAUAAAUUCGACUGUUUUAAAAA